GCGAGGCCCCACCCCGCCGAGCAGGAAAGAGGCUUGACCAGAUGUGGGGCACCAAGAGGGGUGAAUUCCUGGCUGAGGGAUCCCUGUCCCUCCACUGCACCCCACUUUAGAUGGGGAGUGAAAGCCCUCUCCCGAUGGGGCAGAGCCUGCUGCCCUCCCUGCAGCCCCUCCGUCUCCCUCCCAGGGUGCAGUCCCGGCCUCGGGCGGCAAUGGAAUGUUGUGUCGUUGGUUGCUGGGGCAACCAAGGCCUGCUUGGUGGCUGCCUCUAGGAGUACCGAGGACGCUGCCACACCCCCCUGCAUCAGGACCCCUGGGCCUCCGAGGCUAGUGCAGAACUCCGGCCUGAGGAAGGAGAGCUGGGGGCAAUUGCCGGGAGAUGGCAGUGCCCUGGGAGGAGUAUUUCCGACUGGCCUUGCAGGAGAAACUGGCUACAUCCCCCGAGCAGAAUGUGGACCACCUCCCGCCAGUGCUCCAUCUCCUGGAGAAGAGGCGAGAGCUGGCGGAGGCAGACCAGGGCCUGCAGGCCCAGAAGCAGGCGUUCCAGACCACCAUGGCAGCCCUGAAACAGCGCUGGGAACAGCUGGAACAGAAGGAGCGGGAGCUCAAAGGGGCCUUUGUCCGCUUUGACAAGCUUCUGCAGGAGUCCGAGGCCCGGCGCGGCCGCGCGCAGCGGAGGGCGGCGGAGGAGCGGCGCCGCGCGGGCCGCCAGGAGGCCGAGGCGCUGCGGCUGCGGACCCAGCUGCGGGAGCUGCAGGAGGAGCGCGCGCGGCUGCAGCGGCGGCUGGAGCGCCUGGAGCCCUGCGCGCGCCUGCUGGGGCGGGUGCUGGAGCAGCUGCCCGAGUUCCAGGAGGUCCCCGAGCUGGUGGCGCGCUUCGGCGGCCUGGCCGACGUGCAGGCGGCGCUGAGGCUCACGGCGCGCCAGCGGCUCGCGGAGCUGGAGGAGGCGCGCGCGCGGCUGCAGCGGCUGCGGGACGCCGGGCAGGACGAGCUGCUCCGGCAGGGCCAGCGGCGAGCGCAGCUGCUGGAGCGCCUGGAGGCGGCGCGGGAGCGCACGCGGCACUGGGAAUCCAAGUGGGUUCAGAUCCAGAACACGGCAGCUGAGAAGACCCUGCUCCUGGGACGCACUAGGAUGUCAGCGCUCAACCUGUUCCAGCUGGUGUGCCAGCAUCAGAGGCAGCCGGCCGCCCUGAACAUCGAGGACACAGAGGGGCAGCUGGAGCAGCAGGUGCCCAAAGCAUGGCCCCUCCGAGAAGGGGAGCAAACACAAAGGGAGGCGCCCCAGCUUGCCCCUGUCCCCAUCCCACUCCUGUCCCGGGCCCGAUGUCCAGGAUGCCACCCAAACGCCAGGCCCGGAGUCCCCGCAGCCCCCUCUGUGCCUCAUGCUGAGCCGGGUGAUUGGUGUAACCAGUUCGCCAGGGCUGGCCUGGCACAGGAGGCCACUGGGAGGGACAGAGGCUCGGCACGAAGUAACAGGCAAAGGCCAGUCCCUUUUCAACCAGCCCCCUGACCCCACCAAGGAGAGGCCCACGCGGGCACCACACCCUAGUUCCCACCUGGGACUGGCCCCCGGAGGCCACGGCAGCCGGCCGGAAUGCCGUCACAUGCCCCGUUUUCACUGUGUUGUUACUAUUUUUCCAGUUAGCCCUACUCGUGACAGGGGUAACUAAUUUUUUCCGUUUUUGGUGGAGACAGAGUUUCCUUCUCAGGUGUUUCUUUCAGUGACAAACGUGAAGGGAGAGCCCAGGGACAGUUCAUCAUCGAUUCUAGCUCUAGGCAGGGGAUCCAUGGGCAUUUGUUAUGUUCCUAUCAAUAAAUAAGUUAAUUAAAACAAAA